AUGAACGACGAAGAGGCCAUGGCAAAUAUUUACAAAAAGAUCGAGCGCGAGAAAGCUCUGAUCAAUGCUGCUAAUUCUAUGCGACAGCAGACUAACAACGACGAUGUAAGGUCUCGUCUCGAUAGUCAGAUGCGAGAGGGCCGUCGGAAUCUCCAAUUUUUCGAAGAGAAGCUUCGAGAUUUACAGAUGAAGCGUCUGGGACAAGGUGUGGAUAACAUGAGCAUCGGUUCAAGCUCUACCGCAGCCGGCUCGUUGCGUCCUAGUAGUCUCGAUAUGCGUGAUGGCGAAGGACCACCACCGCCUCCGCCUAAAGAUGCCGGCGCGUGGUCGGGCGAUCAAGGCUCUUAUGGUUCGCUACCUUAUAGCCAAAUCGGCGGCCAUGGAGAUAUCAUGCCACCGCGGCAUCCAUAUGCCCCUCCAGGGCCAUCAUCGACGGUUCCGAAACUGAGGCCAAACUUUACCAAGUUAGAUCUUAUUAAAUACGAUACCCCUUAUCUCGGUCCUCGAAUCCAACUUAUGCUUUCUCAAAUCCAGUUUAAGCUUAACGUCGAGGAGCAAUAUCUCAAGGGUGUAGAAAAAAUGGUUCAACUCUACGGCAUGGAAGGUGAUCGCAAAAGCAAAGCUGAUGCCGCAGCAAGGAGGGUUGAGAGUAAACAGAAGAUUCAUCUCUUGAAACAGGCACUCAAGAGAUACGAAGAACUUCAUAUAGAUGAUUUGGAUUCCGCCGACUCCCCUGAUGAUGAUAGUAUCAACAUGCCUAAUCUACGCAAGCCAUUAACUGGGCAGCUUUCCAUUCGAAUUGUCCAGGUAAGAGAUGUGGAUCAUGCUAGUACCGGGCGGUUUUCGCGAGGGCCAGAAACCUUCAUUGCUAUUAAGGUCGAGGACAACGUCGUUGCACGAACAAGGGUAUCACGUACCGAUCGAUGGGAAGCCGAAUACCACAAUAUCGAGGUGGAUAAGGCGAACGAGAUCGAACUUACAGUUUACGACAAGCCAGGUGAACAUGCAUUACCUAUUGCCAUGCUAUGGGUGCGGAUAUCAGAUAUCGUGGAAGAGAUGCGAAAAAAGAGAAUCGAAGCCGAGGUCAGCAACUCUGGUUGGGUAUCUGCCGAUAGGAUGGGAGGAGGCCCUGGAGUGCCCCCGCCUCAGUUCCCAAUGGAUCCGCAACAGCCACCGCAAGCUGCUGCCGGUCCUGCAUCCCCUGGAUUAGCUGGUCCGGGUCAGCAGCAAUUUGGGCCGCAAGCGGUGCCACAAGUUACCUCUCAACCGAUCGAUGCGUGGUUUAAUCUGGAGCCUACAGGUGCUAUUCACCUAUCGCUCAACUUCAUAAAACAAAGCAAAGACCGCAGAGCCGUGGACGUUGGCCUUGGGCGAAAGGGUGCUAUUCGUCAACGCAAAGAAGAGGUACACGAGAUGUACGGACACAAGUUCGUGCAACACCAAUUCUACAAUAUCAUGCGUUGUGCCCUUUGCGGCGAUUUCCUCAAAUACUCUGCGGGUAUGCAGUGCGAGGACUGCAAGUAUACUUGUCAUACGAAAUGUUAUUCGAGCGUGGUUACAAAGUGUAUUAGCAAAAGCAACGCCGAAACAGAUCCAGACGAGGAGAAGAUCAAUCACCGUAUUCCCCAUAGGUUCGCGCCAUUUUCGAAUGUUACCGCUAAUUGGUGUUGUCACUGUGGUUAUAUACUACCUUUUGGAAAGAAGAAUUGCAGAAAGUGUACCGAGUGCGCGCUUACGGCUCAUGCCCACUGUGUGCAUCUUGUACCGGACUUCUGCGGUAUGAGUAUGGCUGUUGCUAAUCAGAUCCUCGAAGGCAUCAGAUCACAAAAACAGAGGCAACAAAAAGCGACUUCCUUGACUGAUAAGACUCUUAGACAGGGCAAGUCUAGCCCUACCAGCACAUCGUCAGGUCCCAUGUCACCCUAUAGCACUCAUGGUGCACCAUCUUACCAGCCUAGUGUCGCAUCUCAAGAGGCAACCGAUGCUGCUAAAGCUAUGUAUGCUAGUCAGGCCUCGCCGACGAGACCUAUCUAUCCUGAUCGUACUUCAUCUGGCUCGAGUGCUGCCGCUGCUGCCGCUACAGCUGCUAUGAGUGGUACUAUAGGUUCUCCAUCAGGUCGCCCAGGACAAGUCUCAGACUACUCCUCUGGUAGGACUGGCAGCAGUUAUAGCGGGACCAUAGACGCUCAAGAAGAUCCGUACGCAGCCGGUCAGCCCUACAAUGUACCUUCUCAGCCGAAGUAUAACCCAGCAGCGUAUGCAAAUAUUGCCAACUAUCCUCCAGGCCAGCCACAAAUACCGCAACAACAGCAACGCCCGGCCCAACAAUCGCAAUCUCCACCACCUCAAAUACAGCAACAGCAAAUGUACCCCCCUAUCGCACCGGUUUCAAAACCGCAACCAGUCCAGGAAACCCCUUCACUAACUUCGAGUACUACAUUGCCGCCCCCUUCAAGGAAACCUUUACCCUCUGCAACUGACCCGGGAACUGGUCAGCGUAUUGGAUUGGACCACUUUAAUUUCCUUGCAGUCCUCGGUAAAGGUAACUUUGGUAAGGUCAUGCUGGCGGAAACGAAGAAAACACGACGGCUUUAUGCUAUCAAAGUUCUAAAGAAGGAAUUUAUCAUUGAAAACGACGAAGUCGAAAGUAUCCGAUCCGAGAAAAGGGUGUUCCUGAUUGCGAAUAGGGAACGCCAUCCGUUUUUGACUAACUUACAUGCCUGUUUCCAAACCGAAACAAGGGUGUAUUUUGUCAUGGAGUACAUCAGCGGUGGUGACCUGAUGCUUCACAUCCAGCGUGGACAAUUUGGCACCAAACGUGCACAGUUUUACGCAUCUGAAGUUUGCUUAGCACUUAAAUAUUUCCAUGAGAAUGGCGUCAUUUAUCGUGAUCUCAAGCUUGACAACAUCUUACUCACACUAGAUGGUCACAUCAAGAUUGCGGAUUACGGUUUGUGCAAAGAGGACAUGUGGUAUGGCUCUACGACUAGUACCUUCUGCGGUACCCCCGAGUUCAUGGCCCCUGAAAUAUUACUGGAUAAGAAAUACGGUAGAGCGGUGGACUGGUGGGCUUUUGGUGUGUUAAUUUACCAGAUGCUCUUACAACAAUCACCUUUCCGGGGUGAAGACGAGGACGAGAUCUACGACGCAAUUCUUGCGGAUGAGCCGCUCUAUCCUAUUCAUAUGCCCAGGGAAUCGGUCUCGAUCCUACAGAAACUUCUCACGAGAGACCCCGACCAGCGAUUAGGAAGCGGGCCAACUGAUGCUCAAGAGGUCAUGAGUCAGCCUUUUUUCAGAAACAUCGUAUGGGAUGAUAUUUAUCAUAAGAGGGUAGCCCCUCCUUUCAUGCCCACGAUCAAGAACGCAACGGACACCAGCAAUUUUGAUUCAGAAUUUACUAGUGUUACACCGGUUUUGACGCCGGUGCAGUCAGUGCUUUCGCAAGCUAUGCAAGAAGAGUUUCGCGGAUUCUCAUACACGGCGGAUUUCGACUAG